AGCGUUUCGAACUCUCGAUCCCCGGUCAUUCGAUAAAUAGCAUUUUGAAACUGUGGACCUACAAAGGAUUGACAUUUGUUUUUAAUUUCCUUUUGCCAACAGUUUGCCGUAGUUUACCCCGGGGAGCAGACCAACUUUUUAAAAGACUAUUUAAAUAGAAAAGAGCGAGACAAUGCUUUACCUGGAGGAUUAUCUUGAGAUGAUCGAGCAUCUGCCCGAGGAGUUGAGGCGCAGAUUUACAGAAAUGAGGGAGUUAGAUUUACAAGUUCAAAAUGCAAUGGACAGCCUUGAAAAGCGUGUCAGAUUCUUCUUUUCAAAUGCCAAAAAGAUGAAACCGGCUGAGAAAGAGGCCGAGUUCGAAGCCAUAAGAAAAGACUACUAUAAGCCGUUAGAAGAUUCAGAUGAGAAAGUGAAAUUGGCCAGCAAGAUGUACGACAUAGUAGCAAGAUACCUUAAAAGACUGGAUCAAGAAACUCUCAAAUUCAAAUUGGAGCUUGAAGCCGAUCACAUUGGAAUAACUGAAAUAUUAGAAAAAAGAUCACACGAAAUGGACACGCCUACUACAAAUUCAAGCCAGAAAGAAAAUCGAUAUAAUUUCCCAAAUCAGAGGAGCCACCACAAUGAAUUUAAUAUCAAAAAAAGACGUGAUUCAAACACCAGUGACGGACACAACAAAAGGUUGGCCGUCAAUUCUUCAGACAGGGUGAUCACCGAGUUGAGGGUCAAUAUGAACAAUCCUUCAGUCGGACCUGUAGCACCACCGCCGCAGCCAACUGUGGCUUAUACGCUCGGCCACCACAUCGGAGCCGGAGGGACCGCAAUUGCAGCAGCAGCCUCCCAAGCCAUUGUUGCAACCCAACAGAUGCAGCAAGGUAGGCGGACAGCAAGUCUAAAAGCCUCGUAUGAAGCAAUACACUCGGGAAGCAGUGCAAACGCAGGCGGAAGCGCAGUCGGAUCGUCAGCACAGGAGAUUAGCAUAAGCAAAGAGCUUGCUGGUGCAGCACAGACUGCGAUCGCCGCCAUACAAGACAAUCAUAAAAAACAUAAAAAAAAAUCUAGUUUAGGCCCUGGUACGGGAACUCCACCAGUAGCGUCACCGGCUUCAUUGCCGUCACCACAAGAAGCACCACAGACAGCGCAGAGUAGCGAUAAGGCUGAUACAUACGACCCGAAUGAACCUCGAUACUGCAUCUGUAACGAAGUGGCUUUUGGAAUGAUGGUCGCUUGUGACAACAAAUCGUGCCCCUAUGAAUGGUACCACUAUCCUUGUGUUGGGAUAACAGAAAAGCCCAAAGGGAAAUGGUAUUGCCCACACUGCACUGCGGUUAUGAAGAAAAACAGGACGAAAAAAAAUUAGAAAGUGAUAUUGAAAAAAAUAAAAAUAAUUACCUACA